AUGCAAGGCUCCAGCUUAACUGAUGAAAAGUACAAUGGUGAGUUUCCUCCUUUCCAAACAGACUGGGAGCAGUGUCUUGCACCUCAUCAAAAUUGUCUCAUUGCAGAACAACUGGACUAUGAUCAAGUGGAGAUGGCAGAAAUGGCAGUGACAAUGAAGGACCAGAUGAAUGCAGAACAGAGUGCCACUUUUGAAGAGAUCACCCAACAUGCAGGUGAUGGACAGACCUUCUGGCUUCAAGGCCCUGGGGGGACAGGGAAGACAUUUGUCUACAAGGCACUCUGUGCAGAGCUGUGCUCACAGGGAAAGAUUGUUCUCUGUGUAGCCUCCUCAGGUAUUGCAGCUUUGCUCCUCCCAGGUGGCCACAUGGCACACUCAACCUUCAAGAUACCAAUCCCAGUGCAUGAUACCUCAACAUGUAACACACCAAAGAAUGGGCUAUGGGCAGCGAUGCUGAAGGGGGUAACACUCACAAUCUGGGAUGAAGCCACAGCACAGCAUUGCCACUGCAUAGAGGCUGUGGAUUGA